AUGGUAAAACGCAAGAAGUCCAAAGGGAAGAAAAGCAAAAGAGAGAGCACAGUGGAGGAACUAGUGACGAUGGCCACGGUAGAAGAUGAUGAAGGAGUGGUUAUACCGACAAGACCGAAGAAAAAAUCAGGCUCUGAUCAAGCACUGGAAAAAUUUGCGCUUGCUACUGUUGCUAAAAAAAUAGACGGUUUGCGAGCAGAGUUUGCAACAUUGAAAACAUUUGUGCCGACAGCAACUUCACAAGCAGCAUUUGAUCGGAAUAAGGAUUGCAACCGAUACAACAAUAUUAUUUGCUAUGAUCACACAAGAGUUGUACUAAAAUUCAAUGUGCCUCCAGAUAGGGAUUAUAUUCAUGCUAAUUAUGUUCGGACAUCACUCUGCAAUCUUCCCAACAAUUUUAUUUGUACACAGGGCCCAAUGGAUUCGACAGUGAAUGAUUUUUGGCGGUUGGUGUGGCAAGAGAAACCAAAAACUAUCGUUAUGUUGUGUAAAGUGAUAGAAUGCGGUAAGCAAAAAUGCUCCCAAUAUUUUCCAUUGAAUCAGGGUGAAACAAAGCAAUACGGAAAGAUUAUUGUAAAAAACGUCCGGAAAACUUCAUCACCUUCAGAAAAGGUUUUUGAAGCAAUUCAAAUGAACAUCAACGUGAAGGGAAAUCCAGCAAUUGUAUUAACCCUAUUUAAAUGGUUAGACUGGCCAGACUUUGGAGUGCCAACAUCUGGAAUGGGAAUGUUGCGAAUCCUGCGACAAAUUCGAGAUCAACCUCGAAGCACAGCAAUUAUUCAUUGUUCGGCAGGUGUCGGAAGAUCGGGGACAAUCAUUGCAUGCGAGAUCUGCUUGAAGAUCCUUCUUGAAGGGAAGGAUCUCAAUGUGCUGGAUGUCAUAAAAGAAAUACGAACACAGCGAGCUGGUGCUGUGCAAACAGAAGGCCAAUAUGUAUAUUUGCAUAGGACACUGUGCGAGUAUAUAAAUGCUAAAAAAAUUGCGAAAGAAAAGAUCGCGGAAUUCUUUACGUCCUAUUUGGCUUAUGCAAGCAGUUGUAAAGGAGAAUAA